AUGGUUUGGCUGCACCUGCAUAAGCAACUCUUGAUUGACUACGCAGGGUCGGAGCAGGUGGGUGGUCAGACCGACCCCGUGCUAGUAAGCAUCGGGUUCCUGAUCUCCCUACGCUCGCGCCUGAACAGCGGACUCCCCAGUCUGCUAAUGAAGGCCGACCUGCUCCAAGGCUAUGAUCUGGCCUGGAGAGACGCCGUUAGAGUUCACGCCUGGCUGGCUGGAGUUCAGGGUCGGGGGUGGCUCCUUCUAGAUGCUUCCUUGUCUUCGGAUGUGGCGAGGGUUAGGCUAGGGCCACUUCUUGGGCCUUUCUUUGUGAUCCUGAACCAUGGUAUUCGACAAGGCGGGAGAAGCACAGUGCAACUCUUUGGAGCUUUUGCAAAAGGCCUGACCCAAGCCGUGGCCUCUUCUAACGUAGGUGUGGGUUUAGGACACGACGCCACAGUUACUAGAUGCGUCUUGGGCAGCAACCGCGUAGCCAGCGGGCUAAGUGAGCCGCGGUGGGAAAUCUUGCGCAGAGGAAUCAUGGCUUUCAACCCCAUGGCCCCGCAGGACACCCUUCGAGCAACCCUAGCCCCUGAGGCUUCAAAAGAGGAAGCCCUUCUACUCUUGGAUGCUGCAGCAAAAUUUAGUUUUUUACAGAUGCAAUUCGUUGAUGAUGCUUUUGUCUUUCAAUCGACGCCUUGGGGGUUGUUUAAGGUUUGUGCUGCUUUGUCUAACUUUGCAGUCCUCUGGCAUCAUAGAUUUGCUGCUGGGAAAAAGGCGGCGUCCCUCCUGUGUGUAGGGGAGGACUGGCCCGAGACUUUGACACUGCCAAUCUUAGACGGGGAGCAAAUCCGUCCUGUCCAACAGUUAGAAGUACUGGGCACCUCCCUGGACAAGAGCCUCUCACUUGAAGCAGGGCUGUCGGCCUUGGGGCAGCGCCUCCACGAUGCAGGACAUCACUUAGGCAGAGCCCUGGAAGCACAAGGCUUAGGGAUAGCCUGGCACGCGGAACAAUUCCCCAUCAGAGCCGAAAGUGCGGCUCUUUUCGGCUGCGAACUCCUGGCAGCUUGUGUAGAAGGGUGGCCUGUGGUCGCUCGUAGGCUUAACCAGAUGCACUAUAGAGCCUUGAAAGCCUUGUUAGGUAUCGCUAACCUCUCGCUGGGAGACGGGGGCUACAGUCUGAUGCUUACGUGGCUUGGUUACCAAUGGCGACUCAGUGCCAAAGUGGGCCUCCGCAUCGUCACUGCUCUGGCACGCCUGCUGACCUUGCCACCCCACUCGCUUCUGCACGAAGUGGUUAGGGCGGCAGCUGGCGUCACGGGUGAGACAUGGGUUGAGUCUGCUCGCGGAGUGGCAAGAUCUUUCGGUGUCGAGACGAUACCGUCUUGGGAGACGCUUCCAAGCACAGUUUUUGCAAAGGCAGAUGUCAAACUGUUCAUCCAAAAUUGGAAACGUGCCUGUGUUAUACCAGCAAUCAGUGCAAAAGAGCGCCUUUGGCAACAGGAGGCUCGCAGCAAGUGGCCUAGGAACCCUCCCGCCGAGCUGCGACAAGCCCUGAGCCUCACAAGGGGCACGCUUUGGACGCCCAGACUGGCUAGGGCCUGCAAAGCUUGGUUCCUGGCACUCUUGACCGGUAGGAUUUUCCUAGGGGGGUGGCAUAGAGGAGACACACGACCGGACUCGGACCAGCGCUGCUGGCUCUGCGAGAGCCGAGUGACAGACCUCUGCGACCACCUGGAGUCGCAAUGCGAAGUGGUGGAGAGGGUGACUGCCUCGGCGGGGUUGCAGCGUCCAGGUCUUUUCUCAUUGCCCGAGGACGCACCGCGUCUUAGGAGGCGCAUUGAAACCUUGGACUGCAUCAUGACCGCCAAACAGGACUAA